AAUGCUUUUAGUAUUCUUAAGAAAUAUAGCUCUGAAUAGACACGACACAGUGACAACAGUCAGCAGUCUUAACGCAAACUGUUUGUAUUGAUACUUCUGAUUGUGUAACACAGAUUUCACGUCCAGAAAUGUGUCAACAGCUAUGAACAUUCUCUAUCGCCAGUCAAGACAUACAGAGGGAAGUUGUAUAGAUCAAUCCCACUACAUGUACUCCUCAAUAGUAUCAACACAAGGACUGGGAACGCACACAAUUUUCCUGGAAGGAGCUUCGGUAACGCUGUGACAGGUAUCGGCUGUGGUCACAGAGAGAACUCUGAAUUUCAAACAGUGUGGAUAAUGAACCAUCUCAUUUUGAAAUCCAUGAAAGUUCUUGAUGGACAAUGACAGAAGCUGGUCGUGAAAUAUCAGAGUGCCAAACCUGUUCAGAACUAUUCAGGAAGAAGGAUAAAAUCUUCUCAGCCGAAAACAAAUUCUUGUUUUUGCAUGCACCAUCUGUUCUUAUCAACCUGCCAAAUGAAAAACUUCUUCCAGAAAAAAAGUCUGAUAGGAAGGUUGAUCGAGAUACAUUAGUUCUGAAACUCAAGAAAUACAUAUCAGCAUUACGGAACUCAGGAGGAGGAGUCAUACUUCUACAUAUUUGCGACCUUGACCGUGAAGAUAAAUACCUGGACCAUUUCCAUGAACUUGUCGAUGUCAAAUUCAAUCAAAUUAUUGAAGAUGGAAGUCUGUUUAUCCAAGUGUACAAGAAGAAUUGGUUAUACUGUUUAGCUGAUUGUUCUGAUGACGAAGGUGAGUCUGGAGAUGAUACAGAUGAAGAUUCCACUGAAGAAGCUACAGAUUACAAUUUGUAUAGAGAUGUAGUUGGUGUGACAGUAGUACCUUCUUUCUCAGUGGCAACAGUUAACUUCAAAACAAAACUCCCACUUGACAACGGUGUUGUAGAUCCAGUGAAUACUGAAAUAGUACAGUUCUUGAAGUGGAAGACAUUGUUCCAAAAUGUUACAGCUCAAAUACGCAAUUUGGACAAUUUGGACCGUUUACAUGAAAGUCGAUGUAUGCAAUUCAAGUCAGUUCAACCAGAUGGAGCAGGAGCAGAUGCCACUGGCAACAUUCUCAACAACCCUGAAAGACUGAACCUGUUUCAAAGGCGCGUAUCCAAGAAGUAAAUAUUGUGUCUUUUGACCAUCAUCGUCCACGCCUUUUGCAGGUUGGAAACAGUACCGACUUGAUAAAACAGCAUGUAUUCAGUGGAGGUAUGUAGUGCAUGUUUCUAUGUACACCGUAGA